AUGGCAGCCUCCACGAGUAGAGUGUUGAAUUUUAACAUCGGUGUUUUGGGACACGUUGACAGUGGUAAAACGUCACUUGCUAAGGCUUUGAGCACAGUUGCCUCGACAGCGGCAUUUGACAAAAACCCACAGAGCAAAGAGAGAGGAAUAACGCUUGAUCUUGGCUUCUCUUCUUUUUCUGUUGACCUUCCCGAACACCUGCCAGGCGAGAAGUAUGACCGCCUCCUUAUUACCCUCGUGGAUUGCCCGGGCCACGCCUCCCUCAUCAAGACCAUCAUUGGAGGAGCUCAAAUUAUUGAUCUUAUGAUGUUGGUGAUUGACGUUACCAAGGGAAUGCAGACACAGUCGGCUGAGUGCCUUAUUAUAGGAGAAAUCACCUGUUCUAAGAUGGUCAUAGUCCUCAACAAGACAGACCUGCUCCCUGCCCCAAAGAAAACUCUAAUGAUUGAAAAGAUGACAAAAAGGAUGCUGAAGACUCUGGAGAACACCAAAUUUGCAGAUUGCCCCAUCAUCGCGGUAGCAGCCAAGCCUGGUGGACCAGACAGCCCUGACACCGAGGCUCAGGGUGUGGAGACCCUGAUUGAGGAAUUGAAGCGGCAGGCUUACCUGCCCUGUCGGGACGCCACAGGUCCCAUGCUGUAUGCCGUUGAUCACUGCUUCUCAAUCCGGGGUCAGGGGACCGUGAUGACGGGCACCAUGCUUAGCGGCAGAGUUGCUGUCAAUGACACUGUCGAGAUCCCGGCCCUCAAGAUAACUCGCAAAGUCAAGUCCAUGCAGAUGUUCAGACAUCCGGUGCAGUCUGCAGCCCAGGGGGACCGUGUCGGGGUGUGUGUCACCCAGUUUGACCCAAAGCAGCUGGAGAGAGGCUUGGUGUGCACCCCUUCAACUCUGCCCACAGUUUUUGCUGGUAUCAUAGCCGUGAAAAAGAUCCCUUACUUCAAAGGUGCAUGUUCAACAAAGGCCAAGUUCCAUGUGACGAUGGGGCAUGAGACGGUAAUGGGACGGGUCUUCUUCUUUGGCUUAGCCCCGAAAGAUGGAGUCGAGGGGCCGUCGUCGGACCAAGAGUUCAGCUUUGAACAAGAGUAUAUCUUUCAAGAGGAACUGCUCAGCCCACUGUCCAAAUCAACCAAUCCAACAACAGAAGAUAAGGAGAAUCAUCAGCCUGCUGUGCCAUCAGCCAAUGAGCAGUGGGCUUUGGUAGAGUUCGAGAAACCAGUUGCAUGCCCAGCAAGGUGCCUUGUGAUUGGCUCAAAGUUGGACACAGAUAUUCAUUCCAAUAUAUGCCGCCUUGCAUUUCAUGGUCAACUUCUUCAUCAUAUAACAGAUAAGAACUAUGCAGAUACCAUUCUUCCACAGCUGAAAAUCUACAAGAACAAAUCGAGAGAGGGAGUCGUUGACAGGAUGAUGGAUGAGUACAGUAUCAUUGGCCGGUCCCUCUUCAAGAAGGAAACCAACUUGCAGAUAUUUGUUGGGCUCAAAGUUGAGCUCUCCACUGGGGAGGAGGGGGUCAUCGAAGGAGGAUUCGGUCAGAGUGGGAAGUUCAAGAUCAGGAUUCCUAAUGGUUUGAGGCCAGAAACUGUGCAACAACUCUCAGCGUCUGGCAAAAAGAAAGGAAAGAAGGCCAGCAAGGCAGAAGAUGCCGGGGAUGCGGCUACACCAGCUGAUGAUGGGAGCGAGGCUUCAUCCAGACUCCCGCCAAUCAAAAUCAGUCUACGAUUCAAACGCUACGUGUAUGACCCGAAGAAGAAAAUGAUCCAAGCGUGACAUUUGGCCGUAGCUUGGUCUUGAUUCAAGUCCACAAUUCAAUGUUUUUCACAUAUUCCUCAAGCCUUGGGGCCAUAAUGAUAUUGAGGCCAGCAGUCCAUAUUGAUGUGACCUGCCCCUGUCCAAAACUAGAUUUAAGAAAGUUGUAAGAGCUGUUCGAAAAAUUCCAAGGAAAUUCAUGCUUACAAGUGUAUUUUCUGUUUCUACUUUUGAUAUAGUGGUUACCGAUUUUUAAAAAAAUUUUCCCUAUAAAAUUCAAAAUUCUGAAAGGGGUUGAGUCCUGCCUGAGCAACUGCUGUUGAAAACAGGUUUAAAUGUCCACGAGUGUACUGUUUUUAGCAAUUUGUGAUCAUCAGUGAUUAAGGAGAGCCAGCAGGAGUGACAAGUUUUAUCAGACUGGGCUAGGACUCGAACCCACAACCAGUGCAGAAGUGCGUCAGUGUCAACAAAUGGAUACAACGGAUUGACAAUGGAGUGUCAUUCCCUCAUGGACACGUGUCAGUUUCAUCUUUUUUCUUUAUAAUAAUGGCCCCGAGUACUAUCUUUUUUUUCUUUGUAAUAAUGACCCCAAGAGUACUAAAGUGGUACUUAACAUUUUUCGGAGCCCAACAGUGAAUCGCUGGGGGGUUUAAAUAAGUCUUUGUGUUAAGGCUUGCAUUCCCCGGGCUGCUGUGAAAUGAACAUCCAAGGACACAACCGACUACUGAGUAAAUGCAUCUCUAAUCUGUGCUGAGCUGCUUUAUUGGAACUCUGCGGGGAAUGUAAAUGAAAAAAACAUAUGGCUUGGUCAUCCUUGGUGAAGUACGUCGGUGAUGUGGGAUAGACGUGUUUCAGUUCUAGAGAUUGUCAGCAGUUUCUCAGAAGUGGAGAUUAUAAUGUCACUAACACAUCACUCUAAUAAAGCAGUUGUGUUCAUUUUAUGCCUCUGCGACUUUUUCAAAUAAUUUUCUUCCGAGCAUCUGCCGACUGUUAUUGUCAAUCAUUUCCCAUUGUUUUUAAUUAUUAAAAUUCUAAAAUGCAAAUGGUAUCUUUUGAACGUUUGCUAUUUGUUUUGAUUGCUUACCAGGUCAGUCAACUCAAGUUACUUGUUUUGAAAAUAUUUCAUUUGAAAGUACGUGGAAAAAUCAGGAUGUCGUUUGUGCAAAAUCAG